AUGGAUUAUAACCUGUGUAUGAGGUUUAAUAACUUGAGAAGCUAUUUACCCGAUGACUUAAGCAAAGGUACAACUAGUGAUAUUAAUACUUUAGGGAACAUUAAGAAUUAUUGUUCUAAUAGAAAAUCAGGGGGAACAGAAUGUAAGACUGAUCUCGAUAAAAUAAAUGGUGGAUGUAUAUGGUUGUUUGAGCAAUUGUUUGUGAAAAAUAAAAUAAAAAAUAUCAAUAUUGUUGGAUACAUUAUGAUUUGGUUAAGUUAUAUGUUAAGCAUAAAGAAUAUUAAGGAGUUUAAGAAUUUAAAUGAAUUUUACAAUAAACAUAUAGAAAAUAAACCAUAUUAUAUUAAUUGUGAUAAUAAUGGUACAGAUUGUAGUAAAUCAUUAAAAGAAAUAACAGGAUAUGCAAAUUAUAAGGAAAUCAUAGAUAAAAAAAAGGAAUUUUUGAAUAUUAAUUUUGAGGAUGUGUCUAAAUUGUAUGAUGCAUUUAAAUCAUUAUGUAUCAUGUAUACUGAAAUUAGUGUAAGCGACAGAAACGAUAAGAAAUAUUUAGAAAAUGCUAAAAAAUUUGUUGAAAAAUACGAAAACCUUAAAAACGAUUCUAAUAAUACUAAAGAUAGCGCCUAUUAUCAAGUAUUGUCUACAUUAUCAAAUGAUUAUAAUAAUUUUAAAAAAUAUUGUAUUAGAAUUAACGACAAUUGUAGCGAUAUUCCGCUACUUUCAGAUACAAAAACAACACAAAUUUCUGAACCGAGUUCUGAAACGAGUCCUGAACUGAGUUUUGAAGUUACAUCAAGUUCGUCGAUAACAAACAAAUUAAUUCCAGUUUUAUCGAUAAUUGGUGUAAUAGGAUUUCUUUUAGGAAUUUCUUAUAAGUAUUCGUUAUUUGGAUUCCGGAAACGAACCCCAAAACAGCAUUUAAGAGAAAAGAUAAAAAAAUAA